AUGGCCGGGGGCAUUCCCAAGGAAACACAGGAAUGCAUCGUUACACCAUCGGGCACUUCAACAUCUCUUCGCGUCUUGGUCACAACUGUUACCGGUAGCAGUUGCAGAGUCUCGUCCGAUGUCAACGGUAUUGAUUUCGGUGACAAGUGCAACCACCUCGCCCGGCCAUCGUCAGUCAUUCUCAUCUUCGUUCCCAUGGCGUGGCAUCUAUUCUCGGCCGGGAUAAAGCUGGAUGAACAGCGGAGAAAAAAAGGCAUCGCGCUGAAUCGGACGACAACCCCGGAGAAUGUUACCGGGUCGCGUCGCGCAGGCCUACGAUAA